UAUGUUUUUUACACUGUAACGUUUUUUUUUUUAUUAAUUAUUAAUAAUUACACAGUUUAUUACUGAAUCGUAAAAGCGUUUUAACUUUAAAAUAUCCAGACUCUAUCGAGCAAUCCUACAGUGAGCAGUAAAUGAAAUGAGAUCACGUGUAAUGUAGUCGUGUAACUGUUUGGCCUGACCACAUCAAACGGCAUUAUAUCGAAUAAUUGCGUUCACCUACCAGCCACUUUAGACAAAAUGGAGAUCUGUGUUGAUAGUGUGGAAUCUGCUAUUAAUGCGUUUAAUGGAGGAGCUCAUAGAUUAGAGUUAUGCAGUGCAUUGAGUGAAGGAGGAUUAACACCAUCGCUAGGACUUUUAAAAACCUUGAAAACCAUUGUUUCAAUUCCUAUUUUUGUUAUGCUUCGACCAAAGUGUGGUUAUGAUUUCCAAUAUUCAGAUUUAGACAUUAGAGUUAUUCUUAAAGAUUGUACUUUAUUCAAAGAGGCUGGAGCUGAUGGAUUUGUAUUUGGUGCUCUUACAUCAACUGGCGAUAUUGAUAUUGCUACGUGUGCUUCAGUAAUUUUAACAGCUCAGCCAUUACCUGUUACAUUUCAUCGUGCAUUUGACGUAGCUACGCAAAAUCCAAUAAAAAUGGUACAAAAAAUAGCUGAUUUGGGUUUUAAACGUUUACUAACUAGUGGUAGAAGUCCUGUAGCAUUUGAUGGAAGAUGCUUAAUUAAAAUUUUGAUCGAAACAAUGAAAGAUCGUCUUAUUAUAAUCCCUGGAGCUGGUAUUCAAGUUGAAAAUCUAAAAGAAAUCUUGGUCACUACAUUAGCACAAGAAUUUCACGCAUCAGCAAAGGUUUUGAAACCAUAUUCAAGUAGAAAUAAUACAAAAUUGUAUUCAAUUUUUAAAGAAGACCCCAUUUAUAUCACAGACUGUGAUACUGUAAAAAAAUUACUUAAUAUUUAUAAAAAUAAUUUAAAAUUAGAAUGAUAAACAAGAUAAA